GCCUCUGCCGCCGCAGCACAACGUUCAUUCGCGACGUGGGCACGGUGCGGGUAGGUUUGCAGUCGGGGGGUUCAUCGCACGCCGCGCCGAAACUCCGGUAACACAGGGCUCGGGGUUUCAUCAAAGAGACACUGAAACCGGCGCUACACGACGCUGCCAGGAAAGAAGACCAGACGACGGAAGCUUGGACUGGCAGCAGACGACAAUAUAACCGUGAACACCGGCAUAACUGUGACAUUUAAGGCGCGUCUCCUGAUGUGAUUGAGAAGAUAGGGUAAUUUUGCGCGACAGUCGGAACGGCAUUUUAACAUUCCCGGAGGUGUGAAUAUAAAGGGAGGAAACAUGGCCGAUGCUACGCAGUAUUCGGAGGUGCCGCAGAACGAGCAGCAGACCAAGCCCGGCUCGCCCACCAAGGGCGGCGAUACCGAUGUGGUUUGCCUGAAACCCAAGAUGAGUUUGCUCAAUGGUAUCACUGUCAUCGUCGGCAGCAUCAUCGGUUCGGGUAUCUUCGUAUCGCCGCGCGGAGUCCUGGCCAACACCGGUAGCGUCGGAGCGUCUCUCAUAGUAUGGGUUGUGUGCGGCAUCUUUUCCAUGAUCGGUGCUUACUGCUACGCCGAACUGGGAUGCAUGAUCACCAAGACCGGUGCCGACUAUGCCUACAUCAUGGAGGCGUUCGGACCUUUCGUCGCUUUCCUGCGUCUCUGGGUGGAGUGCAUGAUCGUGCGUCCCUGUUCGCAGGCCAUCGUGGCCCUCACCUUCUCCUUCUACGUGCUGCGGCCGAUAUUCCCCGACUGCGAUCCUCCGGACCCGGCGGUCAGGGCUCUCGCCUUUGUCUGCAUCGCACUACUGACCUUCGUCAACUGCUGGGACGUCAAGUGGUCAACGCGUGUCCAAGAUUUCUUCACCUACGGCAAGUUGAUUGCCCUGGCCACCAUCAUCAUCACCGGAAUCGUGCAGCUCUGCUACGGACACACCGAGCACUUCAACUUCGAGAACACCGAGACUGACGUCACCAAAAUUGCGCUCUCCUUCUACUCGGGGUUGUUCGCUUAUAACGGCUGUGAAGAAGGGAGUCGUUUGCGUUCCCGCCAUAUAUAUACUAACGUUGAGUGUUGUCCCGACUGCAUGCGUGAUGUGGCACCACCUAAUAAACGCAGGAACCUCCCGUUGGCCAUAUUCAUCUCGUGCAUCCUGGUCAUGGUUGUGUACACGUUCAGCAUCGUUGCUUUCCACACCACACUGUCCGUGCAAGAAGUUCUCGGAGCGGAGGCCGUUGCUGUGACCUUCGCUGAAAAGCUUUACGGAUACAUGGCCUGGAUUGUGCCUGUCUUUGUUGCCAUGUCCACGUUUGGUGGCGUCAACGGAAUCCUCUUCACAUCAUCACGUCUCUUCUACGCCGGUGCCGAACAUGGUCAGAUGCCCAGACUUCUGUGCAUGAUCUCGAUAAACCGCCUGACACCGUCACCCGCUGUUCUUGCUAUGUGCCUGCUGUCGCUGGUGUACCUGUGCAGCAGCGACAUCUUCGCGCUGAUCAAUUACGUGGGAUUCGCCACGUGGCUCGCCAUCGGGCUCGCUGUGGCCACGCUUCCGUACUUCCGCUGGAAGGCCCCGAACCUCAAGAGGCCCAUCAAGGUUAACCUCAUCUGGCCCAUAAUCUAUCUGAUCGCCACCGUCUUCAUCACGAUUGUACCCAUGAUUGCGGAACCCGUGCAAACUGGCUUCGGAGCCCUGAUCAUCGCCACUGGAGCACCCGUAUACUUCAUCUUUGUCUACUGGAAAAACAAGCCACGGUGGAUCCAAGGACCAUUCGACAGCGCCACGUUAUUUUUACAAAAGAUGCUCGUAGUGGUGGCCUCCGAAAAGCCCAAGGACGUCUAGGCGCACCUGGGGCCAUGUUCUUCAAGGAGGAGCACCUCAUCAACCACCCAUCUGCAUCCCACCUUCAAGGGUGCUCAAAUGUCGUCUUUGUCAUCAUCGUAAAGAAAACACUGUGACCAGAGGGAAACCACUGGAUACUUACGCUCGUUCUUGACUUUGUCACAAAUGAAAAAAAAAACUCUAACAAAGAAUCAAAAAGACGGAAACCAUCUGCAGACGAGUCAAAUGCAAAAGGGCGAAUAGCGUGAAUCGAAACAAACAUAAAAUUAUUGGAAUAAGAAACACUGUAGCACCGUUAGCGUUGUUGAGAACUGUGAGACGAAAUGCCUCGUUGUAACAGAUUCCUGGUUCUUCACUGAACUUCUUUUCCUGAAUGUUAUGGUUUGAACAUGGAGAAAUACGAGGUAUAGUGAACACACGACACGCGUAUUAGUAUUUACCGUACAUUGCGUUCUUCUGCCGUAAUGUCUACAAACUAAAUACACUAAGAUCGUUUGUGCAUUACGUUUCGUUCCUGCAGUUGCUAUAGGGUGUGUUGUAUAAUUUCAUUUACGAAAAUGUCAAGUAAGUUCGUUUUAUGAAUGCGCAGCUCAUACAAGCAUGCAUAUAUUCUUCCUUUUGCUUUCUAUGGACUCUGCAUAUAUUUUUCCGUUAGCCUAGCUUAGAUUUUGAAAGUCUCGUGGUGUAAUAGUGGCGAAAGAAGUUAAUUUAUUAUCCACUCUAUGACGCUGUCCAUCGGCGACGAACUAUAGUCAUGCGUUGAGAAGAGAACGAGUGAAUGUUUCUCUUCUGUGAUCUGGCUGGGUGAGGCAAAACUUGAGGUGGAUAAGGCUUUGCAGGUUUCCACACGUCAUAGAGCUACGACUCGCAGUCUCAUAAGCUUGUGUUCACGUAUUCAUAUACCAAAGUCCGGAAGGCUUGUUGCAGUUACGAAUGAUCUUGACUUGACACUGUUCAUUCCUGAACUUUAAUGUUGUCAUCUGUAUUCUGCACGUAAGUCACACACGUAAAUGUUGAGAUACAGUCCCACAUGAUUGAAACGGUCACUUGAGGUAGACUGCAUGACACAGCUGCGCACCUCUGUAAUGGACAGUCAUGGGCAUUUCAGGUAGGAAUGGGUUACAGGGUUUAUUGAAGAGCAUUCUUUGGCUCUUGUUCUCUGCAGUGCACGCAAAUUCAGCGUGCCAUAUUUGGCAACCGUGCAAUUAAAGGACAUAGUUGGUGCUCUAGAAUUUUCAGUUGUGAAACGUGUCACAUUUUGUAAUUUAUUGUUCACGUUUGUACAACUGUACUUCUAAAGAAAAUGCAUGCUGGUCUACCGAAUUUACCGCUCCUUUAGAAAACAGGGAUCUACUACAACGAGGCAGGCCGUACAAGUAUAUAUAUACACUGUGUAUGAGUGUGUGCGUGUGUAGGUAGAAACGUGUGUACAUACAAGCCGGUAUGCUCGUGAAACAUAUAUAUGCACGUAUAUAUUUUUGUAAUUAAGACAUUAAGUUUGCAGAAAAAAAAGAUACUUUGAGGAGAUGUUCCGAAUGUCUUUCAGUACCAAUGCUUCCAUGAACACGCGUAGGAACAAAAUAAAGAUGAAUGGUAUCUCUUAGGACGUCGGAGGAUAGCUCUUUCAAAUGCCUGGCACAUAUCGAAUAUUUGUGGAGAGUGUCUUGGUUAUUUUUGCCAUAACGCAUGAUCUGUUCAGACCCGUGUUAUAGAUAUAUUCGUGAUGAACUCGCUAUGGCAAUUGGUAGCUCUGUAAUUUGUUUGACGCUACUCACCUUGUCAAAAAAGUUAGGGCGUUGAGCUUUCAUGCUUAAGCAAACUUUCACAGCGACGAGUUGGUUAAUCUGUGCUGGAUAAAUGUGAAGUUGCUGGUUGAUUGGUUGGUGGAUAAUGAAGUGAUUAUUGCAUUGUACAGGAUCAUUGCAUUAGUAACCAAUCCUUGGCUAGUAGCAAAUCCUAAGACUAAAUCUGAGCUUCAUAAUGGUUUGUAAUAUUGGAAGAGUCUCCUUAAUUUUUUUAUGUGAGCUCCGAUGUUAAGUUGCACAGCCUAAUCAGUCGUCAUCUGUUACGUACCUUGUAAAAUACGUUAACUUUGCGUAUGCAUCACAGAGUCGAAGGUCCGUGUUGCAACAUGACGUCACAGCUACGUGACGUCACAAAACUUGACCUCACGACUACCAUUUUCUUUCUCAAGGCUGAUCUUUGUUCGGUAUCUGUCAUUUCCGCAGAAAGCGUGAAUGUUAAGUGCAUGGUUUUCUUAUUUUUGUUAUCACACAUAUCACAUUGCAUUUACAGAAGCAGUCGCAAUUGCCUUGGAACAAGCCAGGCGUGCCCACCGAAAAAAACCAUACUUGGUCGGUAGUCUUGAGAUAAUUCACAAUUGAUCUGUGCGUCACCUUUUAUGAGGUGGAAGUUUAUCUAGUAUCAAAUUCAUGUGCGUUCCACGGGCCUCCGAUGACAUGUAGGGCAGCACCGUCAUGCUUUUCUUGACAAUUCUGACUGAUGCCGAGUGUACUGUUUCAAUUUCAAUGUACGGCUUUGUUUUUUGUUUCAUGAACGAUGCAAUACGUACGAUCAAAAGGACGAUUUUCUAAGUAUUUAUAUUGUUUUUGAUAAAAUAAUCUAGUUAGAGUAGAAAUGGAAUGCAUUUCUGCACACAAAAGACCAUCAACGCAAACCCUACUGUUAUAUAUUACGUAAACAAUCGAUGUUUACAAUUCAAUUCUGAUAUAGUUAGAUGAUCUAAUGGCCUAGCUAAUUUAUCUGUGCUACACUCUUUAACUAGACGAUUCACCGAGAGGAAAUGGAACCAAAGAGUGUGUUGGUUAUCAGGAAAUGGAAGAUUGUAAUUUUUAAUGGUUAUAUUAUAGAUGAUUGUUUAGGCACACAUAAAACAAGGGGUGGGAUGUCGUUGACGAAGUUCCUUAGAGCAGCACAAAAAUGUAAUAUGCAAUGUUUUUUGUCUUGUGACUGUCAUUACAUUUCUAUGAAAACAUCAAGAAAUGUUUUACGACAUUAAAUUAGAUGACGCGAAUAAUGCUUAGAGCCCCCACUGAACUUAUCUUUUAUUACUAAGUAGGUCUCGCUUCCACCGAAUUUCAUCAAAUGGGGCUCAAAGGCAAGGUCAAAGAGCAGCGAUUUCUUUUCGAUGUUGCCAUCCAUAACUUCCUGUUUCGAAGCAUAUGUAUAGAUAUUUUCUCAUAAUAUAAAUAUCUUUAAUAUAUACGACAACAUAAUUCAAUGCAAUACUGUUACAGUGGAAACAUCAAAGAAUUUUCACUGUUUUUUGUCACCGAUAUACAUGAUUAACCACUUGCCAAAACUUGUGUCGAGUGUUUCGUGAGGUCCUCUGCCGCGUUAUUAUUUCAAGAUUGAGGGUUUCAUCGGUGUUGGCAGCUACGCAGAAAGAUUUUCGGACUCACCAUGCAAAGCGGCAUUGAAUGCACCACAUGCACAGAAUGCUCAUGUGCGAGAAACUUGGUGACGUAGUAUGGACGUCUAGGGUUGAAUGCAAGAUGACAGUGCUGUUUUUAUCAGUUUACAGUGUACACGACUGUGCUCGGUGACCGUUGGCUACAAAGUGGCCGUUUUAUUUUGCUUUAUUUUUAUGUUCGGAAAAUCCUCCAUUUAUGUUGUGUAAUUGUAGGAAUCGUCAUGAUUUCAUCGCGCGUGCGCAGCUUCCAAGCUACAUGAGUAACUCUCAGAAGAAAAAGUGUGAAGAUAUCAGUAAGUGAUGACGCUAUUGAUCUUGACAAAAAAAUAGGCAUUAAAAUCUUUUUUAUAUAUA